AUAAGAUUUCAUAUAUAAUAUUAUAAAUACCAAUUUAUUAAAUAUAAUUCAUUUAAGUAAAGUUUAAAUUCCAAAUGUAAUAAAUAAGAGUCCCUUAUCCUUUAAUGCACAUUCGAUUCCAUUAAUAUAUAUACAUACAUGUUCAUUGACGCGGGUAUAUUGAUUUAUGUUACCAUAUGUACUUACAUUACUAUAGAAACCAUAUUUGUCAAAAUACAUUACUUGUACACAUAAAUUACAAUAUAUUAAUAAUUCGUUUAAAAUUGAAAAUUUAGUGAAUAAAAUGGUGGAUUAUAAAUAUAAAGAUUGUAAACAAUAAUAUCGAUAAUGUCCGAUAACAAUCACGUGCAGAAUACUUCUUUGAAACAAGAUGAAAACCAUCUGGAAGAAUUGCUGACGCCUAUUUUUCGCAUAAACUCGGAAGAAUCAUUGGCUCGUAAUCGAAAAUUUUUAAAGGAUUUGGAACUUGUAAAAGCUCGUUUGCGAACUUACGCUGCAUAUAGUCCAACUGAUCGAGAAUUGCAACAACGUGUAAUGGAAUAUCGCAAACACCUCCAAAAGUACAACAUAUAAAAUUUCACUUCAUAACAAAUCGAUUUUCUGUUGCGUGCGAAGUACAUCCUUUCAGUUUAAUAACUCGAGCCGAACGAACAAACUUUCAAGUGAAAAGUUUGUUGAUCGUUAGGAUCGAUGCAUCAGACUGAUAAUUCAAACGGUAGUAUUAAACUGACGAAAAAUAAAAAUAAACUAAAUGUCAUAAGAAUCUAUAUUACCUAGUAACAUGUUAAAAUAAAAUAUUUGAUCACUAUA